AUGAGUCUUCCAACCUCGAUUUCUGGCAUUGAAAGCGGCGAGUUGAACGCGCUAUAUUAUGCUAGGCGUAAUGGCACCCUAGCGAGACUUGUCGCUCAAAAAGCCGGUCCAGAAGACCCUAAAAACCCGAAGUAUAAGGUGGAAAGAAUUGAACUGAAGAGCGAGGUCGUGGAUACAGCGAUUCCACAUAUCAGCACUGUUGCAUAUACUCAGGGCGGGAAGCAGGUCCGUAUCUACUACAUUGGUUACAGCGACAAGGGCAACAAAUUCCAACUCAAGGAGCUUUGCCAGACUGAUAACGGUCCAUGGUUUGAUGGGGCUCUCAAUCAUAAGAAACACUAUAUUUCCAAGGAUUCUCGGAUCAGUGCUGUUGUCGCAGAGCAGCAGAAGCACCUCAACGUUUUCUAUCUUGAUGAAGAUGAAACUUUAAAUGUUGCUUGGGUGACUUUAGGCCAAGAGGCAUGGUCGAACCGUGAGGUUUACGACGGCAAAUUUUGA